CCCUAGCGCACCGUCCCCCGCGUAUAAAACCCCCACUCCAUCGCCGCAUUUCCCCAAUCCCUCCUCUCCUCAGAGGUAACACAGCAAGAGACAGGAGAGCGAUGGUGUCGCUCAAACUCCAAAAGCGGCUCGCCUCCAGCGUUCUCAAGUGCGGGCGAGGGAAAGUUUGGUUGGAUCCCAAUGAAGUCAACGAAAUCUCCAUGGCCAAUUCUCGCCAAAAUAUUAGAAAGUUGGUCAAGGAUGGAUUCAUUAUCAGGAAGCCCAUGAAGAUCCACUCUCGAUCUCGUGCACGGCGAGCUUUGGAGGCCAAGAGGAAGGGACGCCACUCUGGAUAUGGUAAGCGCAGGGGUACUAGGGAGGCUAGGCUUCCUACCAAGAUUCUGUGGAUGAGGAGAAUGCGAGUUUUGAGGCGUUUGCUUCGGAAGUAUCGGGAAUCAAAGAAGAUUGACAAGCACAUGUAUCAUGACAUGUAUAUGAAAGUGAAAGGUAAUGUCUUCAAGAACAAGAGGGUGCUUAUGGAGAGUAUUCACAAGUCCAAGGCUGAGAAGGCAAGAGAGAAGACUUUGUCUGACCAGUUUGAAGCCAAACGGGCCAAGAGUAAGGCAAGCAGAGAGAGGAAGUUUGCUAGGAGAGAGGAGCGCUUGGCUCAGGGUCCAGUUGAGCGAGCACCAGUAGCAGCACCAGUCUCUCAACCUGCAGAGGCACCUAAGAAAGCAAAGAAGUGAAGCUCAACUUCAACAGGUUAUAUGGUCUCAUAUGUAGUAUCAUCUAGAGAGGAGUUAUCUGAAGUCUGAGCUAAUGUCAAUUUUCUGUUCAUGAGAAAUCAAGUGUCUCGGGAUGCUUAAAAAUAUUACAAGACUUAUUUGUAGUUUAUUUCAAGUUUUUGUGUUUAGCAGUUCUGUUUAGUAUUUGAUCAUUACAGCCAUUUGGUUGUUUGUUUGAUGACCAUAUGUUGAUAUGAAUUUUUGGUUUCAAGUCACUUAUCAGAAUACUUUAUUUGCCUUGAAAUCAAAAUGUUUGUCAAUAUAGCUGCUCAGCGUUGAUAUGCAUAUUUUCU